ACAACAUCUUUUCUCACACUUGGGUGUGUGUGUACGUAUGUGUGUGUGUGUGUAGGCGAAUGAGGGGAGUGCAGCUCGUUGCAGCCUCAGUUCUGCUCUCAUGUACGACCUGUGGGAGGAUGAGGAAGUGUUGGUGUAUUCAGGGUUUGCCGGAGUUUGAAGCGCUUCGCUUAAAUACGCAGAGUUUGAUUUAAAGGGUAAAGAGUUCGAUAGCGAUGGAGAGGUGUUGACAGGGCACGCUGGUGGAUUUUCUCACAGGCAUAAACACACACACACACACACACAGGAAUACAUAGAGAAGAAGGUGUGUGCAGGUGGACAGAGAGAAGAGGGCUGACACGAUGGCCAGCAAGUAUCACUGGCAGAGUCAGAAUGUCAAACAGAGCGGCGUGGACGACAUGGUGCUGCUCUCCAAGAUCACCGAGGACGCCAUCGUCGAGAACCUCAAGAAGAGAUACCUGGACGACUACAUCUUUACCUACAUCGGGUCCGUCUUGAUUUCAGUGAAUCCUUUUAAACAGAUGCCGUAUUUCACAGAUCGAGAGGUCGAGCUUUACCAAGGAGCUGCCCAGUAUGAAAACCCACCUCACAUCUACGCUUUAACAGACAACAUGUACAGGAACAUGAUGAUUGACAGCGAGAAUCAGUGUGUGAUCAUCAGUGGAGAGAGCGGCGCAGGAAAAACCGUGGCUGCUAAGUACAUCAUGGGCUACAUCUCCAAAGUGUCCGGCGGUGGAGCUAAAGUUCAGCAUGUAAAAGACAUUAUCCUGCAAUCCAACCCUCUUCUGGAGGCCUUUGGAAACGCUAAAACGGUCCGGAACAACAACUCCAGCCGCUUUGGGAAAUACUUCGAGAUCCAGUUCAGCCGAGGAGGAGAGCCGGACGGAGGGAAAAUCUCCAACUUCCUGCUGGAGAAAUCGCGAGUCGUGAGCCAGAACGAGAACGAGAGGAACUUCCACAUUUUCUACCAGUUGAUCGAAGGCUCUUCGGCCCAGCAGAAGGAAGCUUUAGGGAUCAUGACCCCAGACUACUACAGCUACUUAAACCAGUCGGGAACCUACAAAGUGGACGGCACCAACGACAGCAGCGACUUCCACGAGACGAUGGAAGCCAUGCAUGUGAUCGGGAUCCCCGAAGAGAAUCAGAUGCAGGUCCAGCAGAUUGUAGCAGGAAUCUUACACCUGGGCAACAUCAGCUUCAUCGAGGUGGGAAACUACGGCCAGGUGGAGAGCACAGACCUGCUGGCCUUCCCCGCCUACCUGCUGGGCAUCGAUCAGAGCCGGCUGCAGGAGAAACUCACCAGCCGGAAGAUGGACUCCAAAUGGGGCGGCAAAUCCGAGUCCAUCGACGUGACGCUGAAUCAGGAGCAGGCGUGCUACACACGUGACGCUCUGGCCAAGGCCCUCUACGCUCGCCUCUUCGACUACCUGGUGGAGGCCGUGAACAAAGCCAUGCAGAAGCCCAUCGAAGAGCUCAGCGUCGGAGUUCUGGAUAUUUACGGCUUCGAGAUUUUUCAGAGGAACGGGUUCGAGCAGUUCUGUAUAAACUUCGUGAACGAGAAACUGCAGCAAAUCUUCAUCGAGCUGACCCUGAAGGCAGAGCAGGAAGAAUACGUCCAGGAGGGGAUCAAGUGGACUCCUAUCGAGUACUUUAACAACAAAAUAGUGUGUGAUCUCAUUGAAAAUAAACUGAACCCGCCGGGUAUAAUGAGCAUCCUGGAUGACGUGUGUGCCACCAUGUAUGCCAAGGGCGAAGGGGCCGACAGCACUUUACUGCAGAAGCUGCAGGCUGCAGUGGGCACGCACGAGCACUUUAACAACUUUAACUCUGGCUUUAUUGUCCACCACUAUGCAGGCAAGGUGUCAUACGACGUCAACGGUUUCUGCGAGAGAAACCGAGACGUGCUUUUUACCGACCUCAUUGCGCUGAUGCAGAGCAGCGAACAUAACUUCAUCCGCAGCCUGUUUCCUGAAAACCUCAACACUGACAAAAAAGGCAGGCCGACCACCGCGGGCUCCAAAAUUAAAAGGCAGGCUAACGAGCUGGUGGAAACGCUGAUGAAAUGCACUCCACACUAUAUCCGCUGCAUCAAACCCAACGAGACCAAGAGGCCCAAAGACUGGGAGGAGAGCCGGGCGAGACAUCAGGUGGAGUAUUUGGGUUUGCGUGAGAACAUCAGGGUGCGGAGAGCCGGCUUCGCCUACCGACGAGUUUUCCAUAAGUUCCUACAGAGGUACGCCAUCCUGACCCCGGAGACGUACCCGCACUGGCGUGGAAGCGAACAGCAGGGUGUCCUGCAUCUGCUGCGCUCUGUAAACAUGGACAACGAUCAAUACCAGAUGGGACGCACUAAGAUCUUCGUCAAAAACCCCGAGUCGCUCUUUCUGCUGGAGGAGAUGCGGGAGAGGAAGUUUGACACGUUCGCCCGAACCAUCCAGAAAGCCUGGAGGAAGUACAUCGCCAGGAGGAAGUACGAGCAGAUGAGAGAGGAGGCUUCGGACAUUCUCUAUAACUCGAAGGAGCGACGCAGGAAUAGCAUUAACAGGAACUUCGUCGGCGAUUACCUGGGCAUGGAGGAGAGGCCUGAACUGCGUCAGUUCCUGGCCAAGAGAGAGCGAGUCGACUUUGCUGACUCUGUGAGCAAAUACGACCGCAGGUUUAAGUCAAUUAAAAGGGAUCUGAUCCUGACACCUAAGGGCAUCUACCUGAUCGGACGUGAAAAAGUCAAGAAGGGUCCGGAGAAAGGCCAGAUCAAAGAAGUGCUGAAGAGAAAACUCGAAAUCGGUACCAUACGCUCCGUUUCACUGAGCACGAGGCAGGAUGACUUCUUCAUCCUGCACGAGGCUCAGUACGACAGCCUGCUGGAGUCCUUGUUUAAGACUGAGUUUCUGAGCUUGCUGUCUAAGCGCUAUGAGGAGCAGACCAAGAGCAAACUCACACUGUCCUUCAGUGACAGGCUGGAGUUUCAUGUGAAGAAGGAAGGAUGGGGAGGAGGAGGGAGCCGCACGCUGAUGUUUUCUAGGGGACAGGGAGACGUGGCUCAGAUCAAACCUGCAGGAAAAACUCUCAAUAUCAGUAUAGGAGACGGACUACCCAAGACUGCAAAACCGACGAGAAAAAGCAUGCAGCCCAGUCAAGGAGGGAGACGACCGGCCCCCAAUAGAGGUUACCAGAACGGGGCGGCGCAGUUCCCCCGUGGGAACGCACAGCCGCAGGAGCAGACCUACUCCACACCGGAUAAGUGGAACCGGCCGCCCAACGCUGCCCUUCCCAAACUGGACUCUCAGAAAGCCAAGCGAGGAACAGCAGCCCCCCACACACAAACGUCUAACCUGGACUUCCUCAACGUACCUGAUCAGGGCAUGUCUGGAAUGCAACGGAAGAGGAGCAUCAGCCAGCGUCCUCCUCCGGCCCCCAGCAGCCGGCCCAAAGCUGCGCCGCGACCGCAGGGUCCUCGAUGCCGUGCGCUGUAUCAGUACAACGGUCAGGACGUGGACGAGCUCAGUUUUGAUGCCGGUGAUGUUAUAGACCUCAUUAAAGAAGAUCCGUCAGGCUGGUGGACCGGCAGGAUGCGUGGGAAAGAGGGCUUAUUCCCUGGGAAUUACGUGGAGAAAAUCUGAGACGGUCCGAACUCUGUGGCACUGAACGACCUGUCCGUGACCUCUGACCUCUCUUUGGUGAUCCAGCUUCUGAUCCUGUCAGGACAUGGUGUCUCGUGAUGAUGAGGCGAACGGAAGAAGGACACAACCAUUAAACAUGAAUGCAGAGGGUUCGCUCCUGGUCAAGUGUAACGAUGCGCCUGGUCAUAUCGUACGGAAACCAGAUUAGACUUAAUCUGUGAAAGAAAAAGGUGUUUUAAACUUUUCUUCUUUUUUUUUUUUUGGAAAAUACAAAUAUUUCCGAAAAGAACAAAGGCAUUAUGAAAUUUUGCAAAUUUUUUGAAGUUUUGUAUUGUAUGUUGUUUAUAUAAAUUAAAGGGGGAGAGCCUGCACUGCCGCUGCACAAGCACACCAAGGCGCUGUUUUCUUUACAGAGCACACACACACACACACACACACACACACACACACAC